AUCAAAGUCCAGUAUGGCAUGCUUUUUGAUACAGUGAAACAAAUGUCGUUUCAGAGUUUACAAGAAGAUAUUCAAAAUUAUUUUGAAAGUCAUCUUCAAGGACUUCAGAACCAGGUCAGAAAUCAUCUCCAGAAGUCAUAUUCUGUGCAUAAAGUAGAAGUGGAUGCAAAAGUGAUUAAUGUUGGGGAGUCUUUGCUGGACUGUGGCCUUUGCGAAAGUGAUGAAUUUUGCAAUUUCCAAAAGACACCUUCACAAUGUGAAAAAUGCACAUUGUGUCCUGCUGGUUUUUUCCAAAUGGCCGAGUGUUCUGCAAACUCUGAUCGGAUUUGCCAGGACAGAGAUGAAUGCACUGAAUCUCCAAGCAUUUGUGGUGAGAGGAUAAAAUGUCUGAAUACUCCAGGUAAGUUAUGUUCUCUGAUAAUUGAAGAAUUAAGACAAUUAGAUCUUCAGGAACAGGCCAAAGAGAUAGCUAAGGACUCAGGCGUGUAUGUGUGUGAGUGAUGACCUGCUCAUAUUGCUGAAAUCAAAGGGGCUGAAAAACACUCAGCUGUAUGUUGAUAGCAGUUGUUGUGGAUAGUGGGCUAUUCAGGACAUUAUAUCCACUGGGAGCACUGGGUGGUCCCUCUUACCUUAUUUUCGUGGGGUUUUAGAUGCUUUGGUUUUAAUUUUCACUUAUGACCUGACUUUCUUCUUGUUUAUACUGGUGCGAGUGGGGUCAAAAUCAAAUAUAUUAUUUCUAAUGGAGAAAAAUUGUUGUCAUUUUCCUUCUGCUGCACUAGGGUAGUUAUUUGAUUUGAU